AUGGAUGUAGCACUUAUCCAACACCAGUAUGAUCUGAUCAAUUUGGCACUUCACCAGAUCCAAGAUAACAGAAGAAGAAGAAGAAGAAGAAGACGUGAAGUCUGGGUGAGACCAUGGAUUGGCAGUCGACGGCAGUUUGGCCUCUACGACCAGCUUCUGGUGGAGCUCCGAAACGAGGACCAAAGAUCCUUCAAGAACUUCAUGCGGAUGCCCCCCGAGAUGUUCAAUGAGCUCCUAGCCAGAGCGGGUCCCAGGAUCACCAAGCAACACACCUGGUACAGGGAGCCCAUGGAGCCUGGCCUGAAACUCGCACUGACUUUGCGUCACCUUGCCUCUGGGAGCAAGUAUUCAACCAUGAAGUACGGAUGGAGGGUCCCCCACAACACACAGCCACUCGUCGUCAGAGAGGUCUGCCAAGCCAUCAUCGAUGAGUACAUGACCGAGGUGAUGAGCUGUCCAACCACUCCUGAGGGAUGGCAUGCCAUAUCUGACAAGUUCCUCCAGAAGUGGAACUUCCCCCAUACAUGUGGUGCACUAGAUGGGAAGCACAUUUCCUGCAAGUUUCCUCCAAAGAGUGGUUCCCAAUACUUCAACUACAAGGGAUUCGACUCUGAUGUACUCAUGGCCCUUGUAGACGCGGAGUACAAGUUCAUCUGGGCAGACCUCGGAGGUACAGGAUCUGCAUCAGACGCACAGAUCUACAAUGACUCUGAAAUCAAGGAAUGUGCUGAAGACGGUACCACCGGAUUCCCUGCCCCCGAUCCUCUACCCAAUGACUACCAGAAUGUCCCCUACUUCUUCAUCGGCGACGAUGCCUUCGCCCUCCGAGACAGCAUCACCCCUCCACUGUCAAGGUCAUCGUGA